AUGAAGGGUUUCACCAAGAGCGCCGGAUAUCUUGCGUUAUUAGCAGCGCUGGUCAGCGAGACCAUCGCUCUGCCAGUUCAAGAUGCGCCGCUAAGAAUCGAGUGGCGAUCCCUGUCAAGCGCCGCAAAAGCAGACUACAUCAGCGCAGUAAAGUGCUUAGAUGGGUUGCCGUCAAAGAUCGGUCUCAAAUCGUCGCGAUACAACGACUUCCCCUAUGUCCAUGCUCAGCUCAACAACGAAAUUCAUUUUGUCGCUCAAUUCCUCCCCUGGCAUCGGUACUUUGUACACAUCUAUGAGACAGCCUUGAGAGAUGAGUGCAGGUACACAGGCCCAAUGACCUACUGGGACUGGACCCUUGACUCUGAAGACAUGUCUAAGAGCCCCGUUUUCUCCAACGACACCACCAUCGGAUUCGGAGGAAACGGCCUGAAUGGCGGUUUAGUCUCACCAACGCGACCGAACCCGUUGACCAUGUGCAUAAUUGACGGGGCUUUCGCCAACUUUACCGUAUCUUACUACACAACGACAGCGCUCUCUCAUUGUCUGAAUCGCGGUUUCAAUGACGGUAUUGGGGUGAAUGCCGGUCCUUACGAAGGCGGCUUGUACUCGCCCGAGAAGAUCUCAGGAAUCAUCAAAACCUCUAGCAACUUUUCUACAUUCGCGACUACUUUGGAAAACGGGCCCCACGGUGCGAUUCACUCAGCCGUUGGAGGAGACCUGUUCCCUUCGACAUCUCCAAACGAUCCCUUGUUCUUCCUCCAUCAUGUGCAGAUCGACAGACUUUGGUGGCUUUGGCAGCAGGCUGAUCUCACAAAUCGGAUGCUGGACUUUUCGGGACGAAGGAACCUGCCCUCGGGGGAAGCUGAUACCCGGCCAGCGUCUCUGAACGACACGCUGCCAACGCUUGGCUUGGCGGCCGAUAUCCCCAUUCAACAAGUCAUGUCAACAACGACAGACUUGCUCAUCCCGCCUCUUAGUGCUCACGGCGCUUCACUUUCAGCUGCUGUUGGAGGGCUCCUGCAGGAAUCGCCGCUAAUCCAUGCAACCACAGGGGCCCAUUCCUUGAAGGAAAUGGAAGAAGAUAAACCUACGACAUGCCUAAAACAGUUCGCAUGUUAUCAACUCGCUCAAGCGAUAAAGCUGAACCAUAGACCGCAGCCGUUUGACAAUUUUCGCCAUAGGUCUUCGCCAGGGACGUUAAUAUCAGAAGCAACUUUGCAAAGCUGCAAAGCUCAGGACGUCAAGAUGAUCUGCUCUUGUUGUCGCCACGUUCUUGAGCUCAGGAAGGACUACGCGCUGAUCAGUAACGAGCGAGACGGCGCGGAUCCCCCCAUACCACAUCACCGCGAUAGCACAAGUCUGACGGCCUCUGUGGACGCUGGAUGUUAUAUUUGCAAUCGACUUUGGGCCGCUCUGGAUAUCGAAGAGCGAUGCAAGGUCAGGCAAUCAAAUGGUGAACCGACGAAACGAAAGACUCCAGCAACCGAGUCACCUCUCACUUCGGUGUUUUGGGAAGACGGAGCAGCACUCGCAUAUCCCCGCGCCUUUUUACUACAACUCACUUUUGACCGAGGCAAAGUUGUGGAUCUAGAGAGAAAUCCAAAGAAAGGGUUUUUCCGCGCAACUGUUUUGCUUCUUCCACAAGAAUCCUACGCGUCUCAAUACCAAAUCAAAUCCCACUCCCGUAGUACAAGAUCCGAAGGAACCUUUCGUGUCGCACAGAGAUGGAUUACGGAAUGUCUAGCUGAACACCCACAAUGCGGUGCCAAACCAAAUGCAUCUACCACUACGCAGUGGUACCCCAGUCGCCUCCUGGAUACAGGACCUCUAGACCAGGAGAGCUCAAGUUGCCGACUCGUCCUACCGAAAAUCACCCCUAUCCAAGGCUCUUACGCCACACUUAGCCAUUGUUGGGGUACGAAGGAGUCUUUCAACCUUACAACAAGCAACUAUGCACAACUACAGCAGGAAAUCUCAUUCGACACCCUCCCUCCCCUGUACCGUGACGCCAUGGAAACGAGUCGCCGCCUUAACAUUCGGUACCUGUGGAUCGACUCCCUGUGUAUUAUUCAGCACGGUGAUGACUUCAUUGACUGGAAACAAGAAUCAAUGCACAUGGACAAGAUCUACUCGGGGUCCUUUGUCAACAUCUCAGCGGCCGAUGCCCCAGACGCGAACCACUCCCUCUUUCACGACCGCAAUCCCGAUGCUCUGUGUUCGCAGGUUGUAGAGCUUCCUGUUGGUUCACAAACUAAUCGCUUUCUCUUGAUGGACUACAACUUCUGGAGGACAGAAGUUUCCAGCGCGGUCAUCAACACAAGAGCCUGGGUGCUCCAAGAGAGACUCCUCUCUCCUAGAGUGCUUUACUUUGGUCAACGGCAGAUUCUAUGGGAGUGCCAUCAAAAAGAAGACGCUGAGAUUUAUCCGGAAGGCUUACUGAUAGACCUAUCUCGAUUUCCCAGUCGGUUCAAGGGCUUCUGUCACAACCAAAUGGGUUGGAGACCCCGGGAUCACGGCGAUCUGUCAAAGUACCAUUACUGGUGCAACAUUGUGAAUACCUACACUCGAGCUAAGUUGACAUUCCCCGGCGAUAAGUUGAUUGCACUUUCAGCGGUCGCGAAGGCUAUGAGAGUGUUACUUAAGGAUAGCUAUGCUGCAGGGAUGUGGCGCCGCUAUCUAGAGCGGCAACUGAUGUGGUCUGUCGCUGUCGGCGAGGCGCAAGUCAGGCCAUCAGUCUACCGGGCCCCAAGCUGGUCUUGGGCGGCGGUAGAUGGACACAUUACUCCGGGUAUCAUGGACGUCGAAGCAGUGGAAAUGUUGAUCGAGGUACAGGAUCUACAUCUCGACUAUGUUACAAGCGAUACAACAGGCCUGAUCAGCGGUGGGUGGCUACAGCUCUGGGGGUGCCUCAAGAAACUUGAGCUUCUGCCCGAUGCCUUGUUCAGCAGUCAUAGCAACAACUACGAGUUUUUGAUGAUGAUUGUUAAUGGCGUUUCGGUCAGUGUCCGCGCUGAUUCAGUCAUGAAAGAAUAUCAACCACACGUUUAUCUCGAUGACAACCAGCAGUGGGUCAGCACACAGAACCAUCAACCGGAACUAUUCUGUAUGCCAGCCAGAACAAGACCAGGCAAUGACGGAAGCAUCUACAUGCUAUUGCUGCAGCUUAAAAAUGGAAAAGACGGCACCUUUCGUCGCAUUGGAAUCGCCCGCGGUUGGGGCAAGGAGUUGAGGGAGAGCUUGCUAGCAAGCAAUGCGGAAGAGAGUACCUUACCUCAGAGCCAAAGACCAUACGAAGGGCAUCCCCAUCGGCACGUCUCGGUCCAACAACUGUCGCCAUCCCACCCCAGCGAGCACGACAUCAACAAAAUCCCUUUGGCUUUCCUCUUUCUCACCACCGGUUCACUUGGCACUGCAACAGCGCCGCACCGCAGGGCAAACGACCAGCCCCCCUCGAUUGACUCCACUGCUGUCUUAGCCCCAAACGACCUUCCAGAACUGGAAAGCCUUCGGACUGAAGUCAGUGAACCUCUGGCUGCUUUCGCCGCUGCCCAGACAGCCCAGCCUGCUGACGCUCUCUUGGCGGCGAUGCUCAUCUCACUUGACCUGGCCACUCCAAGACAGGUACGCAUUCUCAAGGCCCUCAAGAGGCAGCUCAAGGAGCUUGAGAAGCUAUACCGACCGUCAACUCGUAUUAUGAGUGUCAGCCACGGCGGCACAUACCCCCGAGACCACACCCAUGCUCGAUUCCUUCUGGAAGCACGCAAAGUUUUUAAAAUUUGGCUGGUUGGACUGGAGCAAUGGAUGUUGGCUCAUGAGGCUAUUUUGUGGUUUCCGCAAGAUCUGGUUCGUCAGAGCUACGGUGACCCCCCGGGAUUCAUCAAAUAUUCGAACCUCGAUAGGUCGCCUUCAUUGAUCUCGAGUGUUCUUUCUCGCCCGUUUACUCCUUGGUGUCCCGCCGUGCCGCCCUCGUGUGCCAUGACGUGCGGGGACCUCUGCAAAGCCUGGGAUGAUCACUUUCACCGUUUGUCUUGGGUUGCGACGCAGCAACGCAGCAUUGCAGCCGUUAGCUGUCCGCAGGGCAGGGACACAUAUAUAGCACCCGUCGGCCUCUCGAAGAACCACCCGCUUGCCGAUCCGCUUGUCCGUAUACAUCACAAGAACUCGAGCUCGGCCGAAUCUCACUUCCCGCGCCGACAGCAAGCUAUGAGUUCACCACUCAAAUACGAUCAUCAUGUCGGGGAAGACAGGCACGUCGUACGGGACGAUGCUUCGGCGGAAGAAGUAGGAGUGGUCAAACAGCAGGAAGUCUACGCCUUCGAUGAAUCGCGCAAGAUUGGUGUUACCGGCGCGGUCUUCCUCAUUCUAAAUAAGAUGAUCGGUACCGGUAUCUUCUCUACUCCCUCCGGUAUCUUCCAGUCAACUGGCUCCGUCGGCGUCGCUCUCAUGCUAUGGGUCAUCGGUGGUGUCCUGACCUUCUGCGGUAUGAGCGUCUUCCUCGAAUUCGGCCUCGCCAUCCCUCGAUCCGGCGGCGAAAAGAAUUACCUCGAGCGCGCCUACAAGCACCCCAAAUACCUAGCGACCUGCGUGCUCGCUUCGCAGAUGAUUCUUCUCGGCUUCUCGUCCGGAAACUCCCUUGCCUUCGGCCGAUACAUCUUAUUCGCAUCGGGAUCCGAGUCCCCGGAUGGUUGGACCGCCCGCGGCAUUGGUAUCGCCGGCGCCACCUUCGCCGUCGGCAUCCACGCUAUUACACCUAAAUGGGGUAUUCGUCUAUUCAAUGUCUUGGGCGUCUUCAAGGUCAUUGUCUUACUCUUCAUCGUCUUCUCCGGGUUCGCCGCUUUGGCUGGCCGACGUCGCGUGCCAAACCCCCACAAUUUUGACAAUGCUUUCCGAAUCGAAGAGGGAGAGGGCUACGGUAACGGUGGUGUCUAUGGAUACGCGACAGCUCUGCUUCGCAUCAUUUACAGUUACAAGGGCUGGGAGAAUGCCAACUACGUUGUGGGCGAGUUGAAGAACCCGCGCAAGACUCUGGCUAUUGCUGCACCUCUGGCCAUCGGCGGCGUGACAAUUCUCUACGUCCUUGCAAAUGUUGCGUAUUUUGCUGCCAUCCCCAAGACCGAGCUCGCCACGUCCGAAGUCAUUGUUGCAGGUGUCUUCUUCCGCAACGUCUUUGGUAACAGUGCCGGUGCCAGAGCUCUUCCAGCGUUCGUCGCCAUCAGCAACUUGGGAAAUGUGCUUGCCGUCAGUUUCGCCCAUGCUCGGCUGAACCAAGAGUUGGCAAAGGAAGGCCUCUUGCCAUUCAGCACCUUCUGGGCAUCCAACAAGCCAUUCAAUGCUCCGGCUGCAGCCCUUUUCCUCCAUUGGAUCGUUACUGUCAUCGUUCUUGUCGCCCCUCCUGCAGGGCCAGCUUACAACUUCAUUACAGAUCUUUACACAUAUCCCGGCGCAUGGAUAAACGCGUUUGUUGGGAUUGGUCUCCUUUACCUCCAAUGGAACAAGAGAGAGAACUGGACAUCACCUUGGCACACCUACUUCCCCAUUACCAUCCUCUAUGUCCUUGCCAACGUGUUCCUCUGUAUCGUUCCCUUCAUCCCACCCACGGGAUCGUGGACUGCAGAGGGUUACCCGUACUACGUCUUCCCAAUUGUUGGGGUGGGCGUGCUCCUUCUUGGCGGUGUAUACUGGGGUUUCUGGACCAAGAUCUUCCCCGCUAUUGGUGGCUAUAAGGUCGUGGCCGAGAGGACUUAUGACGAGGAAGGUCAUGAGGUUAUUCGAUACCGUAAGGUUAGCACAAAGCACGGCCACUCAGGGCCGAUCGAUUGA